AUGGAUGAGUGGCCCUUCUAUGGGACUGCCCCAAACUGGGGUCAAUUCGUCAUCUUCGCUACCGUCCUUGUCUUGUUUGGUCUUCUCAUCUCACAGCUCUUCGAGUGGCUGCGCAAGUGUCAAGAACGUGAAGAGUAUAAGAGCGCUCUCCUUGACAUCAGUAACCAAGUUAAACAAGCCUCAGCGCAUGUGCAGCAGCAUUUUGAUUCGAUCGACGCAACUCCACGGAGUCCAGGACCGGAAACUUCGCGAAAGACACCAGCCACACAUAUUGGGAGUCGUUGCCUUCCCUCUUGCCUCUCGAACAUCGUGCGACUGGUUCAUGGCCCAGUGCCUUGCAGUUGCAAGACAGAACAGUGUCAACUUGACAAGAACGAGCCGGCAAAGUCGCAUGUGCAUUCAUUCAGUUCAAGUGGGAGGGACUAA